AUGGUGUCCUCCUCCCCGGGGUCGGUGCUGAGGGCUGUGCUGUCCCGCUGGAAGUCAUACCGGCACCGCUUUGUGCCCUGGGUGGCUCUGAACCUGGCCCGGAACCGCAGAACCUUGCGCUAUGUGUCAGAAAGCAGUAGUGACAAACUUGUUCCUGAUGCCGAUGUGAACAGCACACUAGUCAACCUUUUCCAAGCUUUAUUCAGGGCUGAUUUGUACAGACAGAGAGACCUCCUCCACAUGCUUCCUGACUGCACGAAGUUCUCGUAUUAUAACCCAGACAUUGGAGACUCACAGAACUGCAACACUGAACGGGAUGCCAUUUUACAAGUGGAUGAGAUAUUGUACAGGUCUCUUGGGUUCACCAUUGAGAGACGUCUAAGCUCUCUGGACACAGCUGGGAUUGGAGUUUUCAUUUCUAGAGGGUUUGUGCCCAAAGGAGCCGUAGUGUCUAUGUACCCCGGUGCCAUUUACCAGAAGUAUGAGCCAAUAUUUUUUCAAUCGGUUGGAAACCCAUUUAUUUUUCGGUGCCUGGAUGGUAUUCUCAUUGAUGGAAAUGACAAAGGGAUCUCAAAGUCUGUAUACUGGUCUUGCAGCAGAAGAGACCAGCUGGGGCCCCUGAAGAUGUGUGAUUCCACAUGGCUGACAAGCACCCCCCAUAAUCCACUGGCUGUGGGACAGUAUGUUAACAAUUGCUCCAAUGAGAAGGAAGCGAACGUGUGCUACCAAGAAAUUGAUGUGCCUGACACAUUUCCAGUGGAGCUACGACAAUACAUCCCAAACGUUUGCUAUUCUCAUGAGAGUGAAGGGCCAUUAAGGUGUGUCAUUCUUGUCGCUCUUAGAGACAUACAUUGUGGAGAAGAGCUCUUUUCAAACUAUUUUACAAUAAUUCGGUAG